GAUAGGGGCGCCAGAGGCAAGGAGAGACUAAUCGAGAGAAGGGAGUGGAUGAGGGAGAGCAGCAAAACAGCCUGAACAGAGUGGCAUGCUCUGUAACAGUGGAAGAAAAGGGACGACAAAAGAAAAGAGAUUGGAUAAAAAAAACACUGGGAAAAGGGCAGAAGACUGGAUUGUCAAUUUAAAAAGGAAAAAAAGUGCAAAGGGAUGCAGUAAAAUAGUGAAUCUGCCAGAUGAAUGUGUUUUUUCUUCCUAGAGGGACUUCUAACUUUGGCUGUCUGCACUUGUACGGGCGCACGCGUCUGAAUCGUAUAGAUGGAGACAGAACACCUGUUAUUCUGUGAUCGUCGGGUGUAACAGUUUUGAGCUUGCGUAUGUUGGAAUGUCUCUGCAGCAUUUCGCUUACCUGCACAGCAUUUGACCUUCCUUAGUCAGCAACCAGUGUGACUGCAGAGAGAAAAAGGGCGAGAAAAAGGAGAGGUGGAGAGAGGAGAGGAGAGGAGAGAGGAGAGAGGGAGUGUCUACUGGAAAACACAGAGAGUUUAAGUGGAGUAGUAGCUCAGGGAGUUGUUGCGUUGUGAUUAGAGUGCCUGUGCAGUCUGUUCUGGCCUCGCAAUAUAAGAACUUUUUCUCAUACACGGGGGCUCACCUGGAUGUAUGGAAGUCGCCUAAAGACUGGAUUUUGCCUUGAAAGCUACUAAAGCGUGGGUCUCACUCAGACCUGUUGACUGGACAUCAGUACUGAGCUGAAGUCGACACAUUUAAGACUCAGUUAUAUUUUUGUCUUAGCGAAAUGCGUUUUUGAUUUUUUUUUUUUUUUUUUUUUAUGUUUUUUAAGGAACUUUAUAUUUUGAUGCUUUAAAUCCUCUGGAAGUAUGGAUGCGCCAGGAAACCCCCAGGCGUGCUUAGCUCGUGCUCCUAGGGUAGGAGACUCCAGAAUGGGGGAGGUUAGAAUGGGAGACGGGAUGCGAAUGGGAGACAGAGACACCCCGUUGAGGCUGUCACCUUUCCGUAUGCUUAGAGUGUUGGACACAUGCCGUCCUCCUGGAAACCGUAUUGGUAUCGUCCAUGAGAAUGUGAAGAUGGGUUCAGAUGGGGAGAGCGACCAGGCAUCGGGAACGUCAUCCGAUGAAGUCCAGAGUCCAGUCAGGGUCCGAAUGAGGAACAAUCACCACCGGCGCAUCUCUAAUGAGGACAUAAACAAACGUUUGUCACUCCCAGCUGAUAUCAGGCUACCGGAGGGCUAUUUAGAGAAGUUUGCCAUGAACAGUCCACCCUUUGACAAACCGAUGAGCCGCAGGCUACGACGCGCUUCAUUGUCUGAAAUUGGCUUCGGAAAACUCGAGACCUACAUCAAACUCGACAAACUGGGGGAGGGCACCUAUGCGACAGUGUUUAAGGGUCGAAGCAAGUUAACAGACAACUUAGUGGCUCUGAAGGAGAUUCGACUGGAGCAUGAGGAGGGCGCACCCUGCACAGCGAUCAGAGAAGUGUCUCUACUGAAAGACUUGAAGCACGCCAAUAUUGUCACCCUCCAUGACAUUAUCCACACUGACAAGUGCCUCACACUCGUUUUUGAGUACCUGGAAAAAGACCUGAAGCAGUAUAUGGAUGACUGUGGAAGCAUUAUGAGUGUUCACAAUGUUAAGAUCUUCCUUUUCCAGCUGUUGCGGGGUCUGGCUUACUGCCACAGAAGGAAGGUCCUUCACAGAGACCUCAAACCCCAGAACCUGCUCAUCAAUGAAAAGGGAGAGCUCAAACUGGCAGACUUUGGUCUGGCACGAGCCAAGUCUGUUCCUACAAAGACCUACUCAAAUGAAGUUGUGACAUUAUGGUACCGACCACCAGAUGUGCUUCUGGGCUCCACUGAAUACUCCACACCUAUCGACAUGUGGGGUGUUGGCUGCAUCUUUUAUGAAAUGAUCACAGGCAGGCCUCUCUUUCCUGGAUCGACCGUGGAAGACGAGCUUCACCUCAUAUUUCGCAUCCUUGGUACUCCUACUGAAGAGACUUGGCCGGGUAUCACUACUAGUGAAGAGUUUAAAACCUAUAAUUUCCCUCAGUAUAAAGCAGAACCGCUGGUCAACCACGCACCCAGGAUAGACAAUGAUGGUCACGACUUGCUUUCAAUGCUCCUACAGUUUGAAGCUAAGAAGCGCGUAUCAGCAGAGGAUGCUCUCAGACAUUCGUAUUUCCGAAGUCUUGGGGAGCAGGUUCAGACACUGGCUGACACUGCAUCCAUCUUCUCUGUAAAAGGCGUUCAGCUUCAGAGAGACCCAGGGAAGAGAUCUUCAGUUUACCCUGAGUCAUCGAUGGCCCAUAAGCUAGGCUCCGCCCCCUCGCAGUACUUCCAGAGAGAGGCAGCCAAUCCCAGGGCUCAGAGUCACACUCUCUCCUCCACUUCCACUGGCUGAGUGGCCUACCGUUCUGCCCAGGGGAAGAGCAGGAGGCAGAGUGUGUUGUUUUAGCGCUGGCGGGGGCGCUGAGAUGAGGAGGACAGUGACACGUGAAGCUGUCCUGUCAGACGUACAUUCAGUAACCCUGCCACAAUCACACACACAUGCACACACACACACACACACACACACACACACACUGAGCAACACAUGCACACACUCUGCCACAAUAAUAGUAAUAUUUAAAAACCACACUGAAGUAUAAGAAAACCAGUACAUACGGCGAAAUGGAAUAAAAUCUACACCAAACUAAGGAAGAGGAAUCCAUCCUUGAUUCCAAAAAGGACUCAUGAGCUCAACCUUAAGGACAGAAAUAUUAAAAAAUUACAGAAGCACGAGAAGCUGGAAGAAAAGAAAAGGUUGGAGAAUGGAGGAGGAGGAGGAGGAGGAGGAGGAGGAGGAGGAGGAGGAGGAGGAGGACUCUCCUUGCUGCUACUACCACUGCUGUCCAGAAGAGGGCAGCGAUUAUGAUGUGUGCUGACUCAACAGAACUUGCUGUAUCAGUGAGCUGUAUGGAAGAAGAAGAAGAAGAAGAAGAAGUUAAAAAAGGACACGAAUCACAGAAGAACGCACAAAAGAAGGAGAGAGAAACCCCAUGUCGCUCUCUCUCUCUUGCGCUUUUGUGUCUUUUUUUUUUUGUUUUGUUUGGUUUGAUCUGUUGCUGUACAUAAAAUGACUGAGCUGUAGAACUCUGCUUCUUCAUAACACGCCUCAGCCUGAAUCCAAACUCUAAAUAUUGCACCUCAGCCCUAAAACCCCCUUUCGCCUAAACUCUCGGCCCUUUAUUUUCACAAUCCUUAAAAAGUAGACACACACAAAAAUUCUCUCUUUCUGUUAUCUUUCUGUGUCUCUAAAUACACACUAAAAAAAUACACACUGUUGGUUCACUUGAACAUUUAGAGUGUGUAGAACAUUGGAGUUUGCAGAGAUAAACUUUAGCACCUUAUUGUUCAGUAGACGUCAGGGUGGCUGCCAUUACUUUACCUCAUCGGUUACUCAAGCAGAGUAGGAUGCAAAGUACCCGCUAGAUAUUAGAAUGAAGUAUCAAAAUAAGAAACCAAAAAAAAAACAAACAAACAACAAACUAAAAAAAAAAAAAAGACAACGAUGACUCACUAAUCAUAUGAAAAUGAACAGAUGUAUUUACGGUCACUCAUGGAGUUGGACAUUUCACCACAAUAGAGUUAAGAUCACUCAAGAAGUUAAUAUAAUGAAAUUUGUCACAUAUUCACAUGCUGUAAAGAAGCUGCGAGACACUCCUGUUUCAGUACACAAGAAGGACAACAUUUGUGGAUAUAGAGGUAAAGGAAGUGUUGAAACCCUCACCUGCUUAUUCGUAGACACGUCCUUCCUCUUUUGCCUUGACUCAGAGGUUGUCUAGAUUUGUUGUGUUGAUGUACAGGUGUUGUUUAAUUGUUCUCUUUGCACUUGGUUUUACCUCUUUAGAAAGCAACCCAGUCCUUUCCUGCCCAACCUCAUGUGCAUUUAUUUUUACUCUGUUUUUUUUUUUUUCUUUUUUUUUAACCUGUAUAUACGAUCAAACUUUGUACUUGUCUGAAGCAAUGGUAAUUCCAGGAUGCUGUUCUCAGUCUUUUUCCGUGUUCCUAUCGGAGCAUUGGAUGGCUGACUGGGGACGUGUUGCACAUUCCUUGAGCUCAGGACUUAUUGCUAGUGUAGUUUUGUGGAUGCUGUAAGGUGCAGCUGGUCUUGUACGUCUACCCAGUAGAGCAGAGUUUGCUGAAAAUGGCCUGAAACCCUUUGCAAAGCUGGAUUGAACUGUAUGUGAAGAAUAAUAAUUUACAGCAUUAACAUGUCAGUCCUCUGUGUUAUUCAUCCUCUGUUGAUUUGAUCACAAUAUUGCUGCUUAGAAACAUUUUACCCAUGCCUUUACUUGUCAUCUCUUUGAGCAUGUUUGUCUUUUAAACAUAUAGGUGUUUUCAGUUGGUAUGUGAAAUAGCUGCUGCUGGAUAUGCGUGUAAUGAAAUAGGAAUAUCUACGAUUGAUUGAAAUUUGGCAUGAAACACGACCUCAUUAUAUGAUUUUUAGACACCACAUUGACCUGCAAUGGCCCCUCAGUGAAGAAACACUAACUCUGGAGUUAGGAGUACAGCAACAAUGUGAUGGACAGCCAGCACUGGGACCAGAUAGACUUGAUCUAACACAAGAUUAUUCACAGUAACCCUGUGUGACGGGGCACGAACGCCUCAGAGUAUUUUUGCAAAACUUGAAGACACACUGUUGUUUCACGCUGUUAUUAUUACAGGCUGCCAGAAACAACAGGACCAAAGUCAGUCCUCCAAGCACCAAGUGUUCAAGCACAGAUCUGUUUCACAAACCAAUCAGCUGACAUGUCAACAUGUACUGUAUGAGAUGGCUGGUGGGUCUAGAUUGGCGUUUCCAUUUCCUCAGGCACAGACUUCGGGUCACUUUUCUGAAACAAAUACAGAAAAGGAGAAGUGAUCCUACGCCUGUGCCUGUCAGAAGGACUACUUAUUUACCCAGAGUGUGACAGUAUGUAGCAUGUACAUAGAUGAUCCUUCACUCUGUAUAUAUAAAAGUGUACAGGUUUGAUACAGCUAUUCACAUUCUGGCUUUUUUUUUUUUUUGCUUUUGUUUAAAUGAAACUCAUAGCAAUAUUUCUGUAAUAAAUAAAAAGCCAAGGUGAUAGGAUGAUUAUAAUUGCAUUUGCGUUUCUUUAGAGAGGAGGAAAUGACUGUGAAUGAUCAAACUGUGAGACUUGACUAAACUGAUAACAGGUUUGUGCUGUUUAACAUGCUGGAUCCAAAAGGCUGGAGUGUACUAUCAUGUUUCAAAGGAGUAUAACACUGAGUUUUUUUUUUUAUUAAUUAUUAUUUGGAUUUUUACCAAUGAAAGCCAUAGAGGUCAUUCUAAGGUCUGCUUGUGAUGAAGGUGUGUACUAUGUGUGAGCACAGACCUUACAAAGCAAAGGGGAUGUGUAUAACUAAUAAAAAACCCUGUAAUUAA